GGACGGAGCAGAUCUUUGAUAUUAAAUGAAAGAACAAAUUCUCACGGCCACCGUGAAAAUCUCUCCGGUCUGACGUUAUUGGCCGUACUGGGCGGAGGAGAGAUGUCGGCGGUGACUACCCAUCAGACGCGGACCCUUCUGGAUGUCAUAAAGGACGAACCCAACGGCGGCAAAGACAACCAGAAGACAUGGAAACAUUUCAAGGAGAAGCUUCGCUUGAAGCGCGACGUCGACGGCGCCGCCUGGACUUCCACCGUCCCCGUCCCCGCAUCCGACGUCCCGAUCAAUCCGACGAACAGCCGCUCGAUGACUCGGAGGCUUUCCUCGCGGUUUCCUUCGUCGAAUCACGGCGCCGACGCAGAGUAUCCGGCCGACGAGUACAAGCCGGAAUUCUCGGCGUCGCGGAGAGAUCUGAGAUCCGGAUCUAGCCGAAUGUUGCAUAAGAAUCCGAGUCAGGCGGCGGCGGAGAGGAGCCUGAGGCUACAGAAUUCGAUGUCAAUCCGGAGAUCGAUCGGCGGCGGAGACGAAGAGACGGGCGGUGGCGGCGAAGAAGAGAAAAGCGCGGAGGAGGAGGAGGAGGAGGGGGGAGGAGGAGAGCAACCGGUGAGGAUGUCGCUGAUGGCGUUGCUGGCGGAAUCGGAAGGCGGGUACGCGAUGGACGAGGAGGAGGAAGAGGAUUACGGGGAGAGCUGCGACGAUUACGGCGGCGGAGAGUUCCACAAUUGCUGCGUGUGUAUGGUUCGGCACAAGGGCGAGCUUUUCGAGCCGUGCGGCCACACCUUCUGCAGGCUAUGUUCCCGGGAGCUAUGGGCCGAGAAGGGGAACUGCCCACUCUGCAACAAUUUCAUACUCGAAAUUCUUGACAUUUUCUAAGCAUCUCUCUCUCUCUCAAUUCAUCCAUUCAAGCAUUUGGCAUUAGUGCACAAAUACAGACACACACACAUAUCUAAUGUUUGUGAGUGCAGACAUUACAUUAAAUAUCAAAUGCUUGAGUUAAGUAUUUUUACAUUUUCAUAUUCUCCACACUAAACAAUUUUGAUUACGAGGGCUUUGUUUUGGUAAACUUGAGUCACAACAUUUUAGGUGGAACUUUAUAUGAGGAUUAAGCUUUUUUACUUUACAAAAAAGAUAGUUAUCAGGG